ACAUAAAUUUGAGAUCCGCAUUGACCCUUUAUUCAUAAACAUUUCAUGAGCGAUUCCGAGAGUAUUGAUUUUAUUCAAUUUAAAAUUGGCUUCAGCUGCAAUGAUUGUAUUGUAUUUGUUGCAGCAAAAAUGACCGAGACUUAAAAUUCGAAAUGGAAUGUUCGUUGAGGAGAUUCCUAGUUCCUACAACCUCCAAAAAGAUUGGAACACCUGUUCAUUUUACACAGUUCAAUCAACAGUUUUUCAAACUCACUCUAAGUUAUCAAACACAUGGUUUAGUUUGAUUACUGUGUUGUUGGGCACAAUACUAAGUAUUAGAAUGUCUGAAUUAAGGUUCCAAUUCUUGUCUAUAAUUAUUCUACUUCUAGUUCUUCAAGAAACAGCUUCACAUCCUUUUUCAAAAAUUUCUAUUCAUAACACAACUUUUGCUCUUACCAAUCUUGCUUACAUUAAUGCCUCUCCUUCACUCCUUGGCCUCAAGAAACAAAAUCAAGAGUGGGUUACAGUGGAAUUUAGCAAUCCAAUUCCCUCAGUUGAUGAUUGGGUUGGUGUGUUUUCUCCUGCUAAUUUCAGCUCUGAUGCUUGCCCAUCAGAAAAUCCAAGAGUUUUCCCUCCUCUAUUGUGUUCUGCACCUAUUAAGUUUCAGUAUGCAAAUUACUCUACCCCUAAUUACAAAGAUACUGGAGAAGGGUCAUUGAAGCUCCAGCUAAUCAACCAGAGAUCUGAUUUCUCCUUUGCUCUAUUUACUGGUGGCUUUUUCAAUCCAAAGCUGGUGGCAGUGUCCAACACAGUAGCUUUCUCGAAUCCGAAUGCACCAGUUUAUCCACGCUUAGCGCACGGGAAAAAAUGGGAUGAAAUGACUGUAACUUGGACAAGUGGAUAUGGGAUCAAUGAAGCAGAGCCAUUUGUUGAAUGGGGUCCUAAAGGAGGUGAUCCUAUCCGUUCCCCGGCUGGAACACUCACAUUUGAUCGUCAUAGCAUGUGUGGUGCGCCAGCAAGGACUGUAGGAUGGCGUGAUCCUGGAUAUAUACACACUAGCUAUUUGAAGGACUUGUGGCCCAACAAAGUGUAUAUGUACAAGCUGGGACAUAGAUUGUUCAACGGUUCCUAUAUUUGGAGUUCAAAGUACCAGUUUAGAGCUUCUCCUUAUCCUGGACAAAAUUCUCUGCAGCGUGUAGUCAUUUUUGGUGACAUGGGAAAGGGUGAAGUUGAUGGUUCUAGUGAAUAUAAUGAUUUUCAGCCUGGCUCUCUAAACACAACUAAGCAGCUCAUUGAAGACUUGAACAACAUUGAUAUCGUUUUCCACAUCGGAGAUAUAUGCUAUGCAAACGGAUACUUAUCACAGUGGGACCAAUUUACUGCACAAGUUGAUCCCAUUGCAUCAACCAUCCCUUAUAUGAUUGCAAGUGGCAACCAUGAGCGUGACUGGCCAGGGACAGGAUCCUUUUAUGGGAACUUGGAUUCUGGAGGAGAAUGUGGUGUUUUGGCUGAGACUAUGUUCUAUGUCCCUACUGAGAACAGGGCAAAGUUCUGGUAUUCUACUGAUUAUGGCAUGUUCAGAUUCUGCAUAGCAGACACGGAACAUGACUGGAGGGAGGGAACAGAACAGUACAAGUUUAUUGAGCAUUGCCUAGCAUCAGUAGAUAGACAAAAGCAACCCUGGUUGAUCUUUCUUGCACAUCGGGUAUUGGGUUAUUCAUCUUGUAUCACUUAUGCAAUGGAAGGAUCCUUUGGAGAACCGAUGGGAAGGGAAAGCCUUCAAAAACUUUGGCAGAAAUACAAGGUUGACGUUGCUAUGUUUGGUCAUGUGCACAAUUAUGAAAGAACAUGCCCUAUAUAUCAGAAUACAUGCACCAGUAAAGAGAAGCAUUACUAUAAAGGUUCCCUGAACGGGACAAUACAUGUCGUCGUUGGUGGUGCAGGAGCAAGCCUUUCGCCAUAUACCACACUCCAAACAGCUUGGAGUUUGUAUAAAGAUUAUGAUCACGGAUUUGUGAAACUUACUGCGUUUGAUCAUUCAAAUCUGUUAUUCGAGUAUAAGAAGAGUAAAGACGGGAAGGUUUAUGAUUCAUUCCAGAUUUCCCGGGAUUAUAGAGAUAUAUUGUCCUGUACUGUGGAUAGUUGCCCCAGUACGACACUUGCAUCUUGAUUUGUAUGUGAAGAAAACAUUCACCUGUAAGUACUUUCUGGUAAAUAAAUAAUACUACUGUCUUUUUAUC